GAGAGCCAUUCGAUCCUACAGUGGAAGGUGUCUGGGACAACUACCGCGUGAAACGACAGAUGCUUCACUCGUGGUGAGUUUUCCGCUACCAUUUUCAAUUGAUUGUCUCAUUCGCCGAUAGCUCUGUGAUCGCUGUCAAUCUAUUGAUUUGCGAUGAAGUCUUACGAGCAGGGAGAACAUCGCUGAAGCCCGAUGGUCCUGGGCCCCAGUAGAAAUGUAUAUUAACAUUGAUAGAACACAGCGGUUCAUCACAAUUUGGUCUUGGGAACGUCGGUCCUAAUUGACCUCCACUAGAAAUGCAAAUUAGGACCAGUGGCACGUCAGAUUCGCGAAAGUCCACGGACCCAAGGAAACCAGUCUCCCAGGUCUUUGGACAACUGGCUGGUAAAUUUGGGCUCCCGUUUCUCCAUGAACGCACGCACACCCUCCUCGCCAUCAUGUGACGCGCCCAAUGCGCGCAUCGCACGCGAAUCAAGCAAAUGGUUCUCUUCGAUCGAAUCCCCAGGAUGCUGGAUUAACCCUUUCGCGACGGCAAUCGACACCUGAGAUGUUUUGGAAGCAAGCUCAUGCGCGAAGGCCACGGCGGCCGGAAGCACUUCCUCGCGGGUAGGGAAGAUUUGGUGGUACAAGCUGCUAAUGAGAUGCGAGUCGGCACUGAUUGUGCUGCCGCUCAGAAUGAGUGACAUGGCGCGCGACUGGCCGAUGAGCCGUGGAAGGAGAUAGGAGGAUGUUGCCUCUGGAACGAUACCGCGCCGUACAAAAGGGAAUGUGAGCUUGGCGCCUUUCCAGAUGAAGCGGAAAUCGAAUGGCAGCUGCAUAGUGGUCAUUCCCACACCAGCCUAGAGCGAGGACAUGAAACCAUGACGAUAUGGGACACGUGGAAUAGCUCACAGCGUGCCCGUUGACUGCGGCAAUAGUGAUCUUGCGGCAGCGGUAGAUGACCAGAGAGGUCUUCCCACCAGAGUCGCGGUGGCCAAGAGGGCCCUCCUUCGUCUCUUCUGGGUCCCAGAGCAAGCUCCAUCCCUCAGAGAUGUCAGCCUACAGAACAGGACAGGACAGGACAGGACAGGUGAGACAAGACUAAGGAGUGCGGGAAUCCGGUACAUACCCCCGCACAGUAUGCCGGAGCUGUAUGUUCUGCGGACAUGACGACAGCUUUAACGCGGUCAUCCCUGUCGGCGAGCUCAAACACUUGACGAAGCUCCGAAGGCAGAGGGCGAUUCCAGGUGUUCCGACUGAUGAACACUGUGAGGGACAAUUCGAACCUUCCCAUUCGCUACGCACUCUUUUGCCCUAUUCAUAAGAACAAUGAGAACCGGCCCAUCGAGGCGAGCGAUGAUGUUCUUGAAGCCGAGAGCUGAAUAAUCGACGGUGGACAUGGGUGUUCGGAUGAGAGAAUGUAGUCCGGAAUUUCCUAAACCUGUGAUUGACGAAGUGUGAGCCACUGUCCGGUCCAAUGACCACCGGUUCCCCGUGCCGAAGAUUCAUGCCAGCCGACUAUCCCCUUAUUAAGAGUGGGGAAGAAACGCGUCUGGAGAGGGCUGACUUGCAUAACUGAGAAAGCAUUGUCGAAAGUUGCGAUCAAAAUAUCUAGCUCGUAUUUGUUCUGCACCGCGUCCUGCGUCCGCGACUUCCCCUCGUGCGUGGACUUCUUGCGCCAACAUCGCCACACACUUCAGCAGCACCCUAUGUAUGGCAGAGACCCCAUUACACGCGCGCCUCUCGUCACCUGCAACUCCCUCCUCCGAAAAAUCAUGGAAGUCAAAGAGCAGUUCGCCUUCCGGAUUUUAUUAUACACAUCCCCGCGCGACGUCUCGGCAGCAUGUUCACGAAGCCACUUCCUCGGCAAAUCUUGCAUGCAAAGACUUGGCCGAUUCGUCCCCCUCGUCGUUGUCAAACCGGUUGGGACCAAAAGUGUUGCCUUUGCUAGAGAGAAUCGACAUGGAAUCUGAGGGGACUGCCAACGGUCAUGUCAACGAAAGCCUGCAGAACUCAUUUCUUGGUUCCAAUAGCAGUUCCCCGAGUUCCUCCAGCGCGGAUACUUCUGCAGGGAGCAUCGAGAUCGGAGAAGUAGCAGAAGAUAGGCGCCCGGUGGUGUUUACAACCGAGCCUUCCAAGUUGCAUUACGAUGCCAAUGGUACCCGAAGCGGCUAUUACCAGAAAGGGUCCACCCCACCAUCUUCUGGAUCCUCAUCUUUCUCCUUCGCGGACAUUACGGCUGUCGAUGCGAUCAUCAAUGAUCCAGCACGAGUGGCCAAGGAAUACCAGCCGGGCCAGUCUUCGACGAAGCAGACCCUAGACGAAGCCAGCGCAGUGUCAGCCUCUCUGCCACACGGUCAACCUUUCACAACCGGCGACGAAGCGCCGGUUUCCGCCCUCGAACGCGACUCUCCGCGUACACAAGCGGGUAUCACACUCAGGGACGCAGUGCUCAAUAACGCCAGGCGACGAGACCGUGACUUGAAUGUCAAAGAAACCGAGCGGAAAAUCAAUGACUUGUUGACGCCCCCUGUGGUCCAGGCCUUUGCCACGAGGAUAGGCCACGUCAAAGAUGAACUGAGUGUGAAGUUUGGGGAGGCGCGCCUGAAGGAUGUGUUCGCACCGGAACAGCCCAGGAACGGUCUCGGGGAUCCUCUUUCUUUGAGCAACAAUGGGCAAUCCUUGCCCCCUCCAAUUCAAGAGCCACGCAGUACAUCAUUUCAUUCUGGACCUUCGCUGAAAGGGAAAGAACGGGACUUUGGCAAAAUCGACCUCCGCUUCGACCCCGGUCCCCAGUCCGACGAGCUUCACCGAACGGGCAUUACCAUUCGGCACGGCGCCAUUCUCCAUUUCCGCACUCUCCUCUCAUGCAUUCUCCUCGCCAGCAUUCUUCCGGAGACAGUCGAUCUCCGCAACGUUAUUCUCCGCGCCGCAACCAGUCGCCGCCGUGGGAAUACCCUUCUCGACGGAAGUAUUCUCCUCAACGACAAACAACACCUUCACGAAGGCGGUCACCUGACGGGGGUAUCGAACCGAUGCGACCUCCCUAGCCACAUGUUCACCGCUGGUUCCACAGUAGGACCCUCUGGCCGAGGAACUGACGCAAUUCUCCCACCGGCAGUUCCACCCCGACCUGAGAAUCCAUGUGAUAACGUGCCAGGGCUGUGGAUGGUCAAAGUAGGCAGUGCUUGGUCUACUCUCCUCGAAGUCACCUUCCAAGUCGAACCUGGGCUCGCCUACGCAUGGGAUAUUCCGCUGCCGUGGGUUUCUCUCACUUUCCUCCUGGUAUUCGCCGGACUGACGCCACCCAGAGACGAGGAUCCCGCCACGCGACGACACAGGCCGCCAAAAAUCGCUGUCAAUCUCCUCUGUGUGUCGACCGCCACGCUCUCGCAGAUGUAUGACAAUUUGCGAGACCCGACACCCGCGGACAAGGCGAAUGCGACGUUCGCACUGGAGUGCAUGUGGCCGCCGGACAAUACACUUGUGGUUGACAUCUGCGGCGGCGAAGGAGGCGGGGGCCGGUCCUGGUUGCCUUACGAUAUGCACGCGGGCUCGCCGAUCGACGUGACGGACUAUAUCCAAGCGGGUGCCAACACGAUUCGCCUCUCGUUGCUCCAGCCGAUGAGUGACAGGACCUUCGUCCUGCACGCAUCGCCUCGAGCCCCCGCACCUGCGCCCCAAAUCGUCGGAAGUGGGGGGACGGGCCUGUGGGACUUUUCCGCGACACUGACCGUUCUUCCAUGA